AUGACAGCGGCCGCCUCGACACAUUCGCCCUCCACCGGCACGCCCGCCCUGACGCCUCCGUCCAGCGCACAGUCCUACACCUCACAACGAUCACCCAUCUCGCUACCUCACACGCAUCGCGUGUCCCCACCCCAUGAGAGUGGGGCGAGCAUGUACCCCCGUCUGCCCUCGGCGACGACCUCCGAGAGCAUGCCGGUGGGUUACCCGCCCGCCUCCAGUGCCGCUCCCCCCUCCACUCUGAGUGGUGCAUUUGACCAUGAGGACCGCCGCCGCUACGGAGGUGGGCAUCUGCAGCGCGCGCGCCCUGCGGAGCGCGAGGAUGUGAAGAUGGACAUGACCCCCGAGAGCAAGUCCGAUGGCGAGCGCACCCCCACCAAGGAGUACCCGGGUCUCACCACCAGCUUGAUCGAUCCCGCACUGUCCACGGACCCGACGGCUGCUCAGCGCACCGCUCAAGCGGCCACCGAGGUGGCUGACCGGGAUGUCAACGUCGCGUGGGUCGAAAAGGUCCGCCUGCUGGAGAAUCUGCGACGCCUGGUCUCCGACAUGCUCGAGCAGGGUCAAUUCGACCGUGGCUCGCCUGCGCACAGCGAGGGCACCGCAUCCCCCGCCCCCUCCGAUGCCAUGGACGGGAUCGAGAGCACCCACUCCCACAAGGCCGACGAGCCCGAAAAGCCCGUCUUCAAGACGGAUGAGAGUGCUACGGUGCUCUACCCCACGUUGCGCGGUGUGGAUGAAGAUGGCGACUCGAAGAUGCCGGGCGACGAGUAA